UACCGUUUCAUGGCCGCCUCUAUUGAAUAGGGAGAAUUUGAGAGAGACGAAGAAAACAGAGAAAUAAUGGCAACUCACGUCGGAAAAAGCCUGGAAAUCAAGAAGGAUAACUGGCCUCAAGAUCUCGUCCUUUCAAUCUUAGCUACCCUUCCUGCUAAGUCUUUGUUACGAUUCAAAUGCGUAUCAAAGCAUUGGCGAUCAAUGCUCAUCAACCCUGAUUUCGUCGAACAACACCUCGAAAACCAGCGGAAGAAAGAUUACCCUCAGCUUGUAUUUGCCUCUACAGGAUCUAAAACCGACAUAGUUUUGGAAUCCGUGUCCAUCGUCGAUGUUAAAGUUGAAGGCCAAGAAGGAGGAGUGAAAACCAGGAAAAGUUUCGAACGAAGUUGUUUGAAUAUCUGUCAUCUUCCACCAGAUGUUUGUUACAUGACGAAUUCUUGUGAUGGGAUUCUUUGCUUCUAUGGGAAAACUAAUGUCUUUGUUUACAAUCCUGGAACUAGAGAGUUUCGGAUUCUUCAGAUUGGAAAGGUGGAAUCCUCCCUUGCUACUUCCUACUCAUUUGAUUGCUUUGGACAAUUAUUUUGUAGGUAUCACUUAUUAGGGUUAGGUCGUGAUCAAGUUACAAAAGAAUGCAAAAUUAUACGAUUGUUUAGAUCUAAAGGAGAACAUGAAAAUCAUAAUCAUGAGUGCGAGGUUUUUACAUUAAAUUCAGAUGUUGGGGCUUCGUGGAGAGGCAUUGGUGAAGUUGCUUACUUCAUUAGGCCUGCACAACAGCCUGCUUAUGUCAAUGGAGCACUUCACUGGAUCCUUGACGAUAGACAUGCUAACCCUUCUGAGGUGAUCAUCUCUUUCGAUCUCCAUACCGAGAAAUUCAAGGCAAUAUCGCAUCCAAGUUGUUGCAUUGAAGCCUCUUUAGAUCAAUAUAAGCGGCAUUUUAUGGGGUUAUUGUCUUUGAGAAACUCUUUGUGUCUAAUAUUACCAGAAUCAAGCUUGCAGCUGCAGCUGAAUAUAUGGAUAAUGAAUCAAAGCAAUGGAAUUUGGGAGAAGCUGUUUUGUAUUGAUUGGGAAUUGAUGAAUUAUAAAAUUCCAUUGGCAUUUCCAAUAACAGAACUCAAAGAUGGAACCUUUUUUGUUUGCCAUUGUGGAGAUAACUUGCAAAUCUAUUAUCCAGAGAGUAAAAGUUUUAGUGAAGUACUCCUACGACAUGAAAGAGUGGUUAUGCCCUCUGCAUAUUUUGAAAGUUUAGUUUCUUUUUAUGGAGAGCCAUUGGUGAAUUAAUCAAGCUGUAAUAGUAAAGAUAUAUUAUUUUUUUAUUAAUUUUCUUUUUCGUAAUUUGUAGUAAAUGUGGAUAGGAUGUUUCUACCAAAUUUUAGUAGUUUUUU